AUGCAUGAAGUUUUCUAUGCAGGGCCAUAUAGUAUCAAUAAUAAGCCUAUGAUUUUGAAGAAAUGGUGUCCCAACUUCGACUUUAAUGCUGAAUUCCUCACUGCAAUACCCCUCUGGGUAAAACUGCCUAAAUUGCCAGUAAGUUGUUGGAGUAGUGUCUCAUUGAGCAAAAUAGCCAGCACCUUAGGAAUCCUGUUGUUUGCGGAUGAGUGUACCACAAAUCAGACGCGGAUCUCUUAUGCUAGAAUGCUGAUAAAGGUUGAUGUUACUAGACCAGUGCCCGACUUCAUACCUGUGAUGGAUCCAAGUGGGCAGGUGUUCCAGCAACAAGUGGGUUUUGAAUGGAAACCAGAAUACUGUGAGAAGUGCUUAAAACUGGGGCAUAAUUGUAUCAACAAGAACACUGCACCUUCCCAACAACAAAGGGUUCAUAAGCAACAGGACCACCAACCUAAGAAGAGGAAGCAACCAAUACAACAAUGGCAGGCUAGAGAAGAGCAACAUCCAGUGAUUCUAGGGCCGAACUCGACUGAUCAUGCCAUUCCCCAAACUCAACAAGAUGGGGAAGGCAAGAAUGAAAAUGAUAGCCAUAAGCGAAAGGACUUAGGACAAUCAGGGGAGGCCAAUACACCAGCUACUAUGCGUACUCAAGGGGUUGUGUUAGCUGAUAGUGAUGAAACCGACAGAGCAAUCCUGGAAAAUCCCCUAUCCUGUCCUAGUUUGGAAUAUGGGGGGUUGAUGGAGAAACCAAAUGACAAUGCUGUGGUGGCAAACUUAUUUCCUCCUGAUGAAGGAGGGGGCUCUUCCAUACAAGUUUGA